AUGGCAACCUGGUCUAACGAAGCCAUCAUUACCCUCAUCGCUCUCAUCCUCCUUGUCGUCCAGAUGGUCACACAUGCCAUCCACUUCUUUUACAACCAUCGCCAGCGCACCAGAUCCUUCGAUGUCUUUGAAACCCACGAUCGCUUCUUGAUAUACUUCGCAUGGGAUGGUCAAGGUCGAUGGGUGUUGAAUGUCGAGGAACGGUCCAUGUCACCGUGA